AUGAAAACUGCGGCUAAUUAAAAUCAAACAAAAAAUAUAUAUGAGCCACCUAUUCAAAUUUCUACUAUAAAGUUCCAGAUUGACUAAAAGGCUCAAUAAUAUAUACUUAUGAUCAACAAUCUUAAAAUUGUAUUUCUAAUGAAAAAACAAAGAAGAAAAUAUUUUUUAAAUUUAAUACAAACAUUUUUGUUGUUCAAAAACAAUCUUAACCAUUAAAUAAUCUUCUUAUUUCUAAUUCUGUGGUUCCUUUUCUUAUAUAAAACACUUGAACAACUAAUAUAUUAGUAAUUAUUUAAAACUUAUUAAAUAUAUUUCUGA